UUAGACGACGAAGCAAAAGUUCGUUUGCUUAUGCGAAAGUUGGGUUUAGCAGAGCAUGAAAGGUACGUGAGUUACAUUUUACCCAAACUGCCAAAAGAAUUCAGUUUCGUCCAGACAGUGAACAAGCUUAAGAGUCUGUUUGGAGCGAAAGAAUCGGUUAUUAGUCGCCGUUACCGAUGUCUGCAAAUAACGAAGAAUCCUACUGAGGAUCACGUAGCAUUUGCCUGCCGUGUAAACAAAGCUUGUGUGGAGUUUGAGCUGGGAAGGCUCACCGAGGAGCAGUUCAAAUGCUUGGUGUAUGUGUGUGGACUGAAAUCCGAGAGUGAUGUCGAGAUACGUACCCGUCUCCUCACCAAAAUCGAAGACAGUAAUGACGUUACCUUGGAGCAGCUUUCAGAAGAGUGUCAGCGCAUAUUCAAUCUUAAACAUGACAGCGCCAUGAUUGAAUCGCAGACUCCGUACGGUCAGGUACAAUCAAUUAGGAAGUUUGGUGGAAAGUUGUUCGGCAAGCGUGACCGAGAGCAAUCAAAACGUCUUUCUUCUAAUGCCGUCAAGAAGCCAAGUUACCCGUGUUGGCUUUGUGGUUCGUUACACUACAGUCAGGAUUGCAGUUAUAAAUAUCACAAAUGUUCCGAUUGUGGUUCUUUUGGACAUCGUGAAGGGUACUGCGAUAGUGCCAAAUCCAGGAAACCCAGAAGCAGGCGUAAGAAACGUGAUGUAUCAGCGAAGGUGGUAGUAGUUGAUGUUUGUAGUGUGCAGCAACGACGCAGAUUUGUUUCCGUUGCCGUGUCCGGAAUAGACAUUCGACUGCAACUCGACACCGCUUCUGACAUCACAGUAAUCAGCAAGGACAUUUGGAAGAAACUUGGCAGCCCUGUCUUAUCUCCUGCGACAGUGAAGGCAAGAACAGCAUCUGGUAGCAUCUUGAAGCUCGACGGUGAAUUCGAAUCUGAUGUCACUAUUGGAAAGUGCACUCGACGUGAACUAAUCCGUGUCACAGAAAAACAACUUCAUUUACUUGGCACUGAUAUGGUCGACAGUUUCAACCUUUGGUCCGUACCCAUGGACACUUUUUGUUGUCAUGUGUUAAGCUCUCCGACAUCAACUAGCACACUCAAAACCAUGUUUCCUAAGGUUUUCAACGAUCAGUUAGGUUUAUGCUGUAAAACAAAAAUCAAGCUGGAACUGAAGGAAAAUGUUCGUCCCAUUUUCUGCCCGAAACGUCCUGUGGCUUACGCAAUGUAUGGUGCCGUUGACCGGGAACUAGAGCGUUUGCAAAAACUUAACAUCAUCACGUCGGUUGAAUAUUCGGAGUGGGCCGCUCCGAUCGUCGUCGUCCGUAAAGCUAACGGAUCUAUACGAAUUUGUGGAGAUUAUUCCACUGGAUUGAAUGCAGCUCUUCAACCGAAUCAGUAUCUACUUCCAUUGCCGGAUGAUUUUUUCGCCAAGCUGGCUAAUUGUCAGGUAUUCAGCCAGAUUGAUUUAUCCGACGCUUUCCUACAGGUGGAAGUCGAUGAGCGGUACCGUAAGUUGCUCACUAUCAAUACACAUCGUGGUCUCUAUUCCUACAACCGCCUACCGCCUGGUGUAAAAGUUGCACCUGGUUCAUUUCAACAAAUCAUAGACACAAUGCUAGCUGGUCUAGAAUGCACCUGUGGCUAUCUUGAUGACGUCAUAGUUGGUGGUCAAAAUGUAGAGAAACAUGAUCGUAACUUACAAGCAGUCUUGAAGCGAAUCCAAGAUUUCGGUUUCACCAUACGAGUUGAUAAAUGUGCAUUCCGUAAGCAGCAAGUACAGUAUGUGGGACACGUCAUCGAUAGUCGUGGUUUACGUCCGGAUCCAGCCAAGAUUGAGGCGAUAUCCAAGAUGCCCAAUCCUACUGAUGUAUCCGGCGUGCGAUCUUUUCUCGGUGCUAUCAACUAUUAUGGGAAGUUCGUGCCCAACAUGAGAGAGUUACGUUUUCCGCUUGAUAAUCUUCUGAAAUCUGAUGCUAAGUUCCAAUGGACACCUGAAUGUCAGAAAGCGUUCGAGCAAUUUAAGAGAAUUCUCUCCUCGGAUCUACUUCUUACGCAUUAUGAUCCUAAGCGUGAGAUAAUCGUAUCGGCCGACGCUUCUUCCGUUGGUCUAGGCGCUACGAUUAGUCACAAGUUUCCUGAUGGCACAAUUAAGGUCGUUCAACACGCUUCCAGAGCGCUAACGAAAGCCGAGCAGAAUUACAGUCAACCGGAUCGUGAGGGUUUAGCCAUCAUAUUCGCCGUUACGAAAUUCCAUAAAAUGCUUUUCGGAAGGCAUUUUCGGUUGCAAACCGAUCAUCAACCGUUGCUUCGCAUCUUCGGAUCUAAGAAGGGAAUUCCGAUCUACACCGCCAACCGUCUUCAACGUUUCGCGUUGAACCUCCUGCUCUACGAUUUCGACAUUGAAUAUGUUCCCACUCACAAGUUUGGUAAUGCCGAUUUAUUGUCCCGUUUGAUCAAUCAGUACGUCAAGCCUGAAGAGGAUUAUGUCAUCGCGAGCCUCAACCUACAGGCUCUUAAAAAAUCACCCUGUAGAAGAGGAUCUCAGGUCAGUCGUAUCAAAUCCUCUUAA